AUGUCGCAAAAGAAAUCCAAUCCGUUGAGAGCCAGCAUCCAUCCUGGGGCGCCAACACCCGAAAAUGUAAUGGAUUUCACCCUUUCCUCCAUCCGCGAUCCCCAAAACCCCGCCCACUGCGGUCAAUGCCUCUAUGGCGCGUUGUUCGUGCUCACGAUCACUGCACCUGACCCUCUUCCAGGGACCGAGGCAGCGUUCAAGCUCCCUGCCCCGUUACGCAAAAAUACCCCCUUCUGGAAUUCUCUGCUCGCGUUCCUCGUCAUGCCAAGAUCGGACGAGGAGGUCGAGCGCCUUCUCAAGAAAUUCGCGAUCUGCAAAUGCGACCUGAGGGACAGGCUCGUUCGUGAAUAUCACGCAGCGGGAAAGGCGAAGGAAGAAGAUAUGAUGAAGAGGAUGUGCCUGGAGCUCUGGGCACCGAAGGAAGAAAAGAAGAAGUACACCACUGCACGGUGCGCGGUCGUUGUCAAAAUCAUCCAGACGCUCGACUCGGCUCUCACCGAAGGACAUGUACGGUCUGUCGCGAAAGGUCUAACGGAAGCCUGGCCGACGGCACCGACAGAUCUCAUCCCGUGCGGCGCUGACGAACUUGUAGAGAGUCUCUUGCGAUGGUAUCGUUUCGUUCCGGACCCUUUAGUCUUCCACCUAGCGGCACACAUUCUCCAUACUUGCCGAUUCCUUCUCGUCCCAAGCUUCGUGAAAUAUAGGCUUUCGGCUGUCAUGUUCGACUCGUUCUACGAUUCCUUCAAGCAAAUAUCUGAGCAACUCAACAAACUGCCCGCCGUCAUCUCAAUAACUAACCCAGAGGGCAUUACCAUGGGCGUCAGUACCAUGGUACGGUAUCACACCCUUGUGUCCACAGUAAUCGAAUAUCUCAACGAGGUCCUCAAGAUGCCAGAAGAUUGCAUACCCGACAUCCUUGUGGAUUGCGAAACAAAGGCAAUACAGCUCUGUUCCGUCAUCAUCUACCUCGCUAAUUCCCCCCGCAUGGGCGCUUAUGCGCUACCCAGAGAAACGUGGACCAGAAUCCAAUGGUACGGCUACGAAGUCUUCCGGCUCUUCUCUGCACACCUCCAAUCCCGCCCGGACACGCCUCUCCACCCUGCCAUCGUCGACAUUGACGACCACAAGUCCAAGUCCAAGUCCAAGUCCAAGUCCAAGUCUGCAUCCAUGCCCCGACCGUCCCACCAAUCUACCGCCCGCGCCGUCAUGGCAUGCAUCGCGUCCUUGCAUGCCGAGAACAGGUGCUCGGCGUACAAAUGCCCCAACUCGAUCCAGAGCGCAGGAAAGAGCUUUGCUCGGUGCGCGGGGUGCGGCACGGUGCCAUACUGCGGGCGCGAGUGCCAGAAAGCGGCCUGGCGCGAGGAGCGGUACCCGCAUAAGCGCGUGUGUCCUGCGAUACGUUCUUUGGUGGACGCAGCGGGCGGCCCAGGGUUCUUCUGGAGCGUGUCCGAACCGCCGGAGGUGGUGAAGGGUUUCUUGAAGGGGAAGGAUGAGGAGCCGUGGGUGCUCUGUGAGGGGUAUAUUAGGGAGAGGUGGCAGGAGGCCGGGAUUGAGGAGGACAAUGAGAAUGUGGGGUAUGUGCUUGCGUGGGCGAAGUAUGUUGAUGGUGGGCGUGGUAGCGGGACUGAAGGGACGAAGUCCUGGAGUCCUGGGUUUGACGACUAUGAGGCCUUUAUCGGGAAAUUGAGUGCAGGAGGUCCACACCCUCGAUAUAUAAGCCGCGUUUAA